AUGGCAGAGUUAGAGGAUAUUGAAAAACUUGUUUCUGCUCAAAAAAUUUUGAAAGGCAGCUUGAAAAAAUCAAAAGAUAUAGCUUUUGAAAUCAGUAAGAUUAGUCUAAGACUGGAAAAAUGGAACCAAAGUUUGCCAUUUCUUGAAAGUGCUAUCAAAGAUAUGGCCUGUAAAUGCAGGCUUUAUGAGACAAGAAGUCACGUUGAUCGAGCAAUAGGCCCUGCUGCUGGUGUUUUGAAGAUCUUGGACGUGGUUUUUGAGCUCGAGCACUCACUCGUGCCUGAUAACGAUUCUGAUUUAUUCGUGUAUAUUGCAAAUGUGAAACGCCUUGAACAUGUGCUAAAGCUUCUUACUGGUAAUUCGCAGUUGGUGAGUUUGUGGAUGGAAGAUUUGGUGCUGUUUCUGAAGAAUUGUGAAGUUUCUGAUGACCAUUUGUACCUAAUGAAUGUGUCCAAGGCAUUGGAUAUAUUAUGGGAGCUGCAAGCAAUGGGGCAAAACAGUGGGGUUCUAGCGGCUGCACUUGACAACUUGGAGAAUGAAUUCAGGCAUAUGUUGAUGGAAAAUAGUUCUCCAUUUCCGUUGUAUUCGUCCUUUCCCUCCCACAAGGGAAAAGCAAGUAUAAUACGGGUGUCUUUGCCACUGCCUGUGGUCCAGAAGUUGCAAGCCAUCACUGAGAGAUUAGCUGCCAAUAAUCGACUUGAAAAUUGCAUGUCCAUCUAUGCAGAAUUCCGAAGUUCAAAUGUACGAGCAAGUUUACAAGCCCUCGACUUGGAUUACUUACAUAUACAAUUGUGUGAAUUUGACAGUGCGCAAACUGCAGAGAGCUUCAUGUAUCUGUGGGAUAAGCACCUCCAAUUUGCUGUGAAAUAUCUACUUGAUAAGGAGCAUCGUCUUUGCAGUGAAGUCUUUGAGAAGGCGGGAUCAGAUAUCUGGAUGCACUGCUUUGCAAAGAUUGCAACACAAUCUGGAAUCAACGAUUUCAUCAAAUUUGGCGACACAAUUACUAAAUGUAAGAAGGAUGCAGUCAAGCUUAUAAAGUUGUUGAAGAUUUUUGCAACUCUGGACAAACUGAGAUUGGAUUUCAACAGGCUCUUCAGUGGGAAAUUAUGUGCUAAGAUUCAAAAUGAGACGAGGGAUCUCGUUAAGAAAGUAGUUACUGGGACUUUUGAAAUUUUUUGGGAACUUCGUGUCGAAGUCGAGUUACAAAGGCAAUCCAGUCCUCCACCUGAUGGCAGUGUCCCAAGGCCCGUACACUUCGUGACUCAAUAUUGUAAUCAGCUUCUUGAAGACGAGAACAGGUCAGUUCUAAUCCAAGUUCUGGAGAUAUAUCGAGUUUGGAAUCACAAAAGUUUCUUAGAGGGAGUUCCUUUAAAUGAGAUUCGUAACAUAAUGAACGAACUUGAGCUCAACUUGAAUUCUUGGGCAAAGGCAUACAAGGAAACUGCCCUGUCAUACUUUUUUAUGAUGAAUAAUCAUUGGAUCUUCUGUAACAACAUCAAAGGAACGAAACUCGGACAUCUGAUGGGGAAUUCUUGGCUGAGAGCUAAAGAAGAAUACUUUGAGUACUAUGAAACAAUGUACUUGAGAGAGAGUUGGCAAAAACUUCCGGUUAUUUUACACGAAGAAGGCCUAAUCUUGUUCCCUGGGGGUAGUGCCGUUGAUCAAGAUCUGGCAAAGAAGCGAAUCAAUUUGUACAACGAGGCCUUCAACAAUAUGUAUAAGAAGCAAUCUGAUUGGAUGGUGUUUGAUAAAGGCUUAAAAUCGAGAAUAUGCCAGCUUGUGGUGCAGGCUGUUGUUCCGCCUUAUAAGAACUACCUGCAGAAAUAUGCAUACGGGAUAGAAAACGAGGCCGAAAUAGGCAACCAUUUAAUGUACACUGUUGAUAGCUUGGAGGAUUUGAUCAAUUCUUUGUUCCAACAGAAGAUAGGAAAUUUUGACGUCACAAAAUGCACCGAUUUUAUUGGAAUCAAGAAUUCUGUUAUUAAUCACUUCUGA